AUGGACACUCUAAUUCAUACUAUAAAUAAGUUGCAAGACGUGUUUUCUGUUAUCGGUCACCACGAUAUCAAUCUCCCACAAAUUGUCGUGGUGGGAACCCAGACAUCCGGUAAGAGUUCGGUUAUAGAGAGCCUGGUAGGCAAGUCUUUCCUGCCCAGGGGCACCGGGAUAGUCACCAGAGCCCCACUGGUAUUGCAAAUGAUCAGGUAUAGUAAUCGAGACCGCGAAGAAAUGGUUCGGAGAACAGAAAACCGAACCGCGACAGAAUGGGCAAUAUUCUUGGACAGACCAGAUGAGAUAUUCGUCGAUUUCGAUGCCGUUCGUGAUGAAAUCGAACGGAGAACAGAACAAAUGGCGGAACACAAUAAAGGCAUUACGCACGAACAGAUCGUACUGAAAUUGUACACGCGUCUCUAUGACUUGACGUUCGUUGACCUGCCGGGUAUGACGAUGACCUCUGCAAUGAUGAUGGGGGGCGAUCAGUCGCAGAAUAUCGACAAACGGAUUCCAGAAAUAAUUUGGCACUACGUGAAGCAGCCCAAUUCAAUUAUAUUAGCAAUCGUGUCAGCUACAGCGGAUACGUCCACUAGCGAUAGUUGGAAAAUCGCUCGGAAAAUGGAUCCCAAUGGGACGCGGACGAUAGCCGUAGUCACAAAGCUGGAUUUGGUUGACAAGAACACGUUCCAACAGAUCAUCAACUUCCUCUGCGGAAACAGAAACCCAUUGAAACUUGGCGUGAUUGGAGUGAUAAACCGGAGCCAAGAAGACAUCAAUCGGAAAAAGUCCAUCAAGGAGACAUUACGGACAGAAAAAGAAUUUCUGAAAGCCAACUAUCCGGAAAACUACAAACGUCACGGAAACCGGGCUCUGGCCUGUCAUUUGCAACGGAUUUUAAUCAAUCACAUCAAAGAAACAUAUCCCGUGUUGAAGAAACAGUUGUACGAUUUGAGAAGUCGGUUAAAUAACGAGCUCAGGGUGUUGGAAACCCCGGUUAGCAAGGUAUCUUUCGUUUUAGAUCUACUGAAGGACAUGUCUGGGUCCUAUUGCGAAACGAUCAGGGGUGACCGAAAAAACAUAUCGGAACAAGAAAUGACGGGUGGCGCGAAAAUCGAAAACAUAGUGCAACACGAUUAUAUGACCGAACUCAAAAAUAUCGAUCCGUUGCAUGAUUUAACUGACCAAAAGAUAAUGACAAUUUUGAAAAACACGUCGGCAACCAAUGCGUCAUUGUUCAUCAAUGAGAAAACGUUGAAGAAACUCAUUAGUCGUCAAAUACAAAUGUUGGUCGAACCGUCACUAACCUGUGUGGACAAGGUGCACAUAGAAAUGUUGAAGAUUUUUGAUACGAUUGAUCAAGAUAUACUGGAGAAACUGGCGAGAUUUUCUCAGCUAAAUCACGAUGUAAGUGUAUAGAAAUUAAAAUAAUAAUUAAAUAAACAUUUAAAAAUAUAAUAUAGACAAAUAUAAAUAAUAUUAUUUUAGAUUUUGAGUUUAAAAAAGUUAGGUACUGUAGUUUUACAAAUACGUGUUUUUUUUUCCUCGGAAAACACGUUUGGUUUGUAAAAAUGUUCUGAUAUUUUCAUGUGUAUACGUUAUUAAAACAUACGGAAUUUCAGCCUCACGGUACCUAUUUUAUUUGAAACAUUUAACGAAAAUUUCAGUAAUUUAAAACCUAGUACUAUUUUUGUUAUUUUAUAUAACCUUAACAACAAUAGAAAAGAGAAUUAGAUUUUAAUUCUCUUCGUGUUUAACUCUCAGUUUCAUUGUUUGCAAAAUAAUACAUUUUUGCACUUAUAUAUAAGUACAGUAUAUAAACUAAAUUUCCCUAUUUUUCAUCUAACUUCCAAAGUAUCCGCCUAUAACAAUAUACAUUUUACAUGGUUUCAAAAACAUGAAAACUCUUAAUUUUCUUUCACCACAAAGUUCGAUAAUUAAUCAGUAUUUAUUGAAUAUUUCUAAAAAAAAUUUUGAUUUGACAGGAUUUUCCCAAUAAAUGGGGAAACAUUGUAAAAACCGUGAAAAUAGAAACAAUAUUAAGCAAAUAAUAUUAAAGAAAAUAUAAUAUUAUAAUGCACAUUAUCUAAUUAUUUCACCAUAAUGUGACACAUAUAUUGUUGACAAAGCAACACUAUCAACCAAACUCCGCUCAGAAUCGUUUUUCGUUAGCAAUAUUUGCGUAUAGAUAUACAUUAAAUUUCUCCUUUUCCUUCACUCAACCUUCCCAACUUCUCACCUACAACAGUGGUAGCAUCCACGUCCGAAGUUGCUGGGCUUUUUUAAAUGUAGUUCAGUUAAAAAUAAUCUUAAAGACUUGACAUGUUGAUAGAUGACCUAUUUUCUUUUUUUAAAUGUGGUAAAUUUUUUAAAAGUGUUUGAGCAAUUUUGAGAACUUUUUAUGUAAUUUUUAUUUGGUAGGUACUCUGUGAAUAAAAUUGUUAGACUAAAUAGAAAUGCUUAAAAAUUGACGUGAGGUUUAUUUUAAGUUGUAUUCAGUGUAAUGUAGUAUGUUUUUUUUAAAUUUUUUUAUACGAUUUUUAAUAUCAAAUUUUGACGAAAUUUUGUUACAUGUAAAAAUUAAAUAAUUUUAUAUUUCUUUAUUUAUACCCAAUCAAUUUUUGGCCUACAACAAUAGCGUAGUGCAAUACGCUAUUGUUGUAUCAGCUCUUUAUUUGUUUUUUUUUUUUAAAUUUUUGUUGUAAAACGAAUGUUUUAUUGCCUUCAGGUGAGAAAGGUUCUCGGGAAAAUCCUGGGAGAGACGCUGGACAACAUUAAAUGGUUCAUCAGAUCAUAUAUCGAAACGUACCAGGAGAGCGUGAACACGUACAACACAGAUUUCAUGCGGGAGAUCUUGAGGUUUUCGAACCAGCGGAAGAAGGAACGCCUUUUAGAACAAUUCGGGCCGAACGUUAAGUUGUCGGCCGAGUACAACGAGUACGAAGAGGACCCGAAAGAGCUUUCUAAACAGAUGUUAGCCACACUCAACAAUCUGGAGGACACGAGCAACAGCACCAAGGAAGUUAAGGCACAUCGGAUCCUAGUCGAAUGUUACUUCGUGUCAGUACGGAAGAUCGUCCAGGACUUUGUACCCAAGCGCAUUAAGUAUAAGAUGCUUCAGAAGGUGCUGGACACGUUUGAGAGUCGCAUGCACCAGGAGGUGUUUGUACCGUACGUGGUGGAACAAGCGUUUGAUCGAGUGCUGGUAGAGGAGGAGAGCGUCAAGGAGGACCGCGUGAAGGCCGAAGAGAUGCUAAAAGCUGUCGACAAGGCGUUGAACAUAAUGGUGGAAAUACAAAUCAUAUGACGAUGAGUGGUGUGUGGUAUGAGUGCAUGAACUGCGACAACAAAUCAACAAAUUAAUGUGUUUUUUUUUUUUAAUUCGGUUGGAUAUCGUAGUAAUAGUUUUAACAAAUGUAAAAUUAAAAUAUGAAUUGACA